AUGCAAGCGGAAAACCUCACCCUCUGGAGCUUCUUUUUCCUGGAGGGUUUUUCCCGAUACCCCACGCUCGAGAUCGCCCUCUUCGCCGUCAGCCUCGGGAUGUACCUGAUCACCCUCCUGGGAAACAGCACGCUGAUUCUCAUCACCGUCCUGGAUGCGCGCCUCCAGACCCCCAUGUACUUCUUCCUCGGCAACCUCUCCUUCAUGGACAUCUGCUACACGUCCGCUUCCAUCCCCGCUCUGCUGGUGAACCUGCUGUCGCCCCAGAAAACCAUCACCUUCUCGGGGUGCGCCGUGCAGAUGUAUCUGGCCCUGGCCCUGGGCUCCGCCGAGUGCGUGCUCCUGGCCGCGAUGGCCUUCGACCGCUGCGUGGCCAUCCGCAACCCGCUGCGCUACCCCGUGCUCAUGGGCAGGCGGGCCUGCGUGCCGCUGGCCGCGGGCUCCUGGGCCGCCGGCUGCCUGACCGCCCUGCUGGAGACCAGCUUGGCGCUGCAGACGCCCCUGUGCGGGCGUCUCAUCGACCACUUCACCUGCGAGAUCCUGGCGGUGCUGAAGCUGGCCUGCGCCCGCUCCCUGCUCGUGGACACCACCAUGCUGGCGGUCAGCGUGCUGCUGCUGCCCGUCCCCAUGCUCUUCAUCUGCAUCUCGUACGCCUUCAUCCUGUCCACCAUUCUGAGCAUCCGCUCGGCGGCGGGGAGGAGCAAGGCCUUUUCCACCUGCGGGGCCCACCUGGCCGUGGUGGUCCUGUACUACGGGGCCGCCCUCUCCAUGUACCUGAAGCCUUCUUCCUCCUCCGGCCCCCAGCAGACGGACAAGAUCAUCUCGCUGCUGUACGGCGUGCUCACCCCGAUGCUGAACCCCAUCAUUUACAGCUUAAGAAACAAGGAAGUCAAAGAGGCGGUGAGAAAGCUGCUGGACAAAAUAAUAUCAGGGCAUCAGACGCAGGACAGUGUCUGA